AUGCCCCUCGGCGAGGACGCCGGCGUGAUGGCGUCGGACCGGGAUCUGCCCCCUAUUCUACCGGUCCCCGUCGCCGACGCAGCAUGGGAGGAGGGAACAGAGGAUACGUCGGACGAACACGACAGUGACACCACCGACGCACCCAGUCUGCCGGCCGAGGCGACUGAAUGGUCCGAGGCGGCGCGCCCGCGCAGCCCGAGCGGGUCUGAGGAGCUGGAGGGCGGCUCGGUUCUGUGCCACAUCAGGGUCGGUGAGCUGCGCUUUCUGUGCCCUGUAUCGCGUGAAAUCAACCCACUUGUGCCCCUGGCCUUCCUGCGCAAGGUCGUGCAUGUGCUGCAAGAGUACCUGGUCGGCAGCACGAACCCGGAGCUGCUGACGGAGGAGGUCCUGUGCGAGCACUUUGACGUCGUCUACCAGCUGAUCGAGGAGAUGCUCGACGGCGAGGGCCACGUCCUUCUUACCGAAGUCAAUGCCCUGAAAGACAUUGUGCUGCCCCCCAGCUGGCUGGACAAGCUCAUCCAGACGGUCGGACUCGAUGCGUCCGCAGACCGGGGGCGCACGUCGCUCACGUCGCCCGUGCCCUGGCGUAGGCCCAACAGCAAGUACUCGAAGAACGAGGUGUACAUGGACCUUUUCGAAACCCUAUCCGGCAUCGUGAGCGCGGACGGCUCGCCCGUCGCCCUCGAUCUUUGGGGCCGCAUGGAAUGCACCGCCCACCUAAGCGGCCUGCCUGAGCUGCUCAUCUCGCUCAAUGCGCCCGAGCUCGUGGAGAACGCAGCGUGGCACCCCUGCAUCCGCCGCGCCGUCUGGACCGAGCAGAAGAAACUGAGCUGCGUGCCACCCGACGGCCACUGCGAGCUGGGCACCUACCACUUACGGGCCUCCCGUGCCGCAGGCACAUCCGUGCGAGGAGAACCGUCCAUCGCACACUUGCAGCAGGCACUGCCCCUGUCCGUGCACACGUCGCUGCAGCCGUGGGAUGCAGCGCAGGGCGGGCUCCCUUUCACCGUCACCCUCGAGCCCACCCUCUCGUCCGCGCAUACGCUAGAGGAUGUCUACAUUGAAUGGAGGCUCGGCGAGCACGUCCAUGGCGUGGACGCGGCAGCACAGCUACAGGGCCUGUCAUCCAAGGCAUCUGUGUCCUCCGACAUUGGCACCAUUCCCCAUGCCGCAGGUGCCCCAGGCUCCAUGAUCUAUGACCGCAAGCACCAGCUCCUGCGCUGGACCAUCCCGCGCCUGGUGCCCACUCACAAGACCGUCCUUCGAGGCACCAUCCUCGCGUCCCAGGCUUGCCGGCCUCUGUACGCCCUGCAGGUUCGCUUUACUAUCGUGGGUCUCUCUCUCUCUGGCAUGCGCAUCAGCUCCAUUCAGCUCGAGCACGAAGCCUACACGCCCACCAAGAGCGCCCGCACGCUACUGACCGGCCAGCUGGAGUGGCGCUGUCGGUCGCCCGGAUACCCUCCACUAAAUUAG